AUGGCCCUUCUACUUCCCGGGCUAUUGCCGGGAAGUGCGGGACGUCCUGAUCUUUCUGAUCAAAAGUGUCUACGGCGACUGGGCAAUCCUGCCGAAGUGGCGCUUCAAACUCUCACGAGUUUGCGGAGUCAGGAUAUCCCCACCACUUCCCCAGAUAUUGGAUCUGACCCUGGUGACGACGUCGUCUUACUAGACGUUUCACGUGAUAGUGGACGUCACCGUUCUAAUCGAGACGAUUCGGUAGCCCUUGAGGACGAUAACUUUUGUGAUCAUAGCUCCGCUGAUCGUCAUACUGAAGUACCAUAUAGCUGUGCGGACACUCUUGAUGAUUUGAAGCGCGUCGUGCGCCUGCUGCCUCACCUUGUGGACUACCACACUCUGUCGGAGCGACUCCUAGCCGUGAAGCAGGCGAAUACGUCGCUGCAUGCGACAAUGGAGCGCUUGGCGCCAUUAGAGAUGGAGGUUGUAGCACUCCGUGAUCAGAACCAGUUGCUGGAUCAGCUUCUUGGUGGCCGAGGGUCCGUGGGAUCCGCUCCGGCGCCAACGCUUCCGCGUUCACUUGCGCCGGGUCCCGGUAGGGCUUGA